AAUAUGUUUACCUAGCAACAUGCACAUUUCAAUUUCUGUCACACCUGUCCGUUUUUAAACCUGUAUAUAUUUUCCAUGCACACCGUUGCUUUAGCGACCUAAUUUCUUGUUUAUUAUUGCGUCCAACAAUCAACAACAGCCGCCAAUAUGCCGAAAAUACUAUUCCAGAAGUACAAGAAGGUGGUCAGCACCAUAGACCCGAGCCGUCAUUCGAGCAAGUUCAAGGAGAUCGACGAGGCAAAGGCUUUGGCGGAAUCCGAGGGUGCUUAUGAUGAGGAGGAGGAGGCUUAUUACGAGGAGGAAAUGGGCGACUAUGUGGAAAGUGACUUCAGCUUGUCUGAGGGGGAACCGGCGCUAAAUAUCGGCAAGAUCGAUCUCUCAUUUCCCGAAACUAUCGAGGAGUUUGAAAACAGCCCUCAAUGCUAUCCUCCAUCGUACUACACGCUGUCCCCCAAGGAGCGGCUGCUCCUGUUGUACGCCGAGAAUUUCCGCAAGCAAUUGGUUCUUUCCUAUCCAAAGAAACGAGCCAUGGUCCUGGCAUUGCCCAAUGAGUGCAAGGUUCAGAAAUUUGUGUGCACCACCAUUAGACCAACUGCGUUUGUUUAUCCGGAACUCAUAUCCAGUGUGGAGAAUAUUGCCAAGUUUGUAGCCGAUUUUAUUGAAUACGAGCCAUUGGAGGAUCAAAUUAAUUUGGGGCUUAACAGUGAGCUGUGAGUUCUCAAAAAACGA